AAACAUAAAAGUGCCCGGCGGUGUGAUAAUAGCAUCUGUUAACAGAUCCAAUAGCGAGAUCAAUAGUUCACUAGUACGUUGACGAUCGCCGUUCAGUGCGCUUGUUACUUUUAAUUAGCGAGCAAUGGUUUUGCCUAGCCGUCAGUUGUUUUUGAGCCGGCGUCUCGUGACGGGGGACGGAGUGUCGGACGGUGGCGUCCUCGUCGAUGAAAAUGGCGUUAUCGAAGAGAUUGUCACCCGAGCACAGGCCGACAAACUUGUACAAGAGAGCGAUGGGAAGAUAAAGGUGAUCGAUGGAGGGUCGCUGGCGCUGUUGGCAGGUGUCGUGGAUUCCCAUGUUCACGUGAACGAACCAGGUCGCACAGCUUGGGAAGGGUUCCGGACUGCAACCACCGCCGCCGCGGUUGGCGGCAUCACCACCAUCGUUGACAUGCCUCUAAAUUCCAUACCGCCUACUACUACCGUGGGACACUUGAAAACCAAGGCAUCGUCAGCCAAAGGCAACGUUUACGUUGACGUCGGUUUCUGGGGAGGAGUUAUUCCUGGAAAUCAGGACUCGCUGAAAGACCUGGUGAAGGCGGGCGUGGUGGGAUUUAAAUGCUUCCUGUGUCCCAGCGGCGUUGACGAGUUUCCAAAUGUGGACGCCGCCGAUCUGGAGAAGGCAUUUAAGGCUCUUGAAGGAACAGGAUCUUUGUUAGCUUUCCACGCUGAAAUGGAAGAUGAAAAACCUAAAAGUGGCAGCAAGAAAAAGUUAAAAAAAGAUCCUGAAGAAUAUUCAACGUAUCUCGAGUCGCGGCCCCCGACUAUGGAACUGAAUGCUAUAACAUUAAUUAAAAAGUUAUUACAAAAUACGAAAGUGCGCGUGCACAUAGUGCACGUGUCAGCGGCCAGCGUGGUGCCGCUCCUAGAAGAAGUUCGCGUAGCGCGCCGUGCAGCCGGGCAUGAAGAGUGGCGCGCCGGCGUCACCGCCGAGACGUGUCACCACUACCUCACCUUCAGUGCCGACCAGAUACCCAGAGGUCACAGCGAGUACAAGUGCGCGCCGCCGAUUAGGGAUCUAGACAACAAAGAAAAACUAUGGGAAUAUCUAUUAGAAGACAAAUUGGACCUGGUCGUCUCGGACCACUCGCCAUGCACCCCUGAACUGAAAACGUCAAACAAUUUAGAAGCCUGGGGUGGCAUAUCGUCUGUCCAGUUUGGUCUGUCGCUCUUCUGGACUGCGGCGUGUUCCCGCAAGCUAAGCCUGCCGUCCAUCAGCAAGUACCUGAGCGCAGGCCCGGCCCGGCUGUGCGGCCUGCAGGAGCACAAGGGCGCUCUUAAGCCUGGCCUCGAUGCCGAUCUUGUGUUCUUUGACCCUGAGGCCACGUUUACGGUUACUGCUGAAUCCGUGAGGCACAAAAACAAGCUAACUCCGUACAUCGGCAGGGAGCUACGAGGGGUGGUGAAAGAAACAUACCUGCGCGGGCGACUCAUUUACGGCGACGGGGACAUGGUGGGGGGGCCUAGUGGAGAGCUGCUGUUGAACAAAUUUUAAGGAGUACAAUAGUGAAUAAAUGUUUGGAAUGUUAUUUUUUAUACUUA